UCGUAAGGCCCAUUAAAGAACAGGAACCCUUGGCGCGAGGUCAGAUGCUGGUUUUAUACGGCUGGAAAUCACUCAGAUUGUUGUCGGCCACUCUCCUGACUGUUCAGUCCACUUCUGAUUAAGUCUCCAGCGGCAGCGGUUUGGUUCACCGGGUUAAAGAAAUGCUCGCCACCACAAUCUCGUCAGCUUUUCCAGUCAAUGUUGCGCCGCAUUUUGGAAAUGAACCAUUAUCCUCUACUACUCUGCAUUGCCGCCGAACCAAGAAUCCGAUGAGGUUAACAAGAGGAGUCUUUCCAGUUUGUGAAUUUCCAUCAUUUCUUCCCGAGCAAGUUGAAAAUAUCAAAGAUCCAUUUGCUAGAAAAUUGGCCUCAAGAAUUGAAAGACUGCCCGUUCAAGUUAGCUUUUUAGACAGUUGUAUCAUGACUAGUUGUGUGAAGCCAGAGGGAGAUAGCAAGAAAAGUCCAGUGCUUCUUCUUCAUGGUUUUGACAGCUCUUGUUUAGAAUGGAGAUACACACUUCCAUUGCUUGAGCAGGCAGGUUUGGAAACUUGGGCAAUUGAUAUUCUUGGUUGGGGCUUCUCUGAUUUAAAAUGCCUCCCACCAUGUGAUGUAGCUUCAAAACGUGAUCACCUCCACAAGUUCUGGAGUUCCUAUAUCAACAGGCCAAUGACAAUAGUUGGGCCAAGCCUUGGAGCAGCUGUGGCAAUUGAUUUUGCUGUCCGCUAUCCCGAAGCUGUUGACAAACUGAUUUUGGUAGAUGCCAGUGUUUAUGCAGAAGGCACAGGGGACCUUGCAAAGUUACCCAAAACAUUAGCAUAUGCUGGGGUCUCCUUAUUGAAAAGUCUUCCCCUGCGCCUGUAUGCGACUUCAAAGGCUUUCAAUGGUUUGCCAUUAAAUACCUUGUUUGAUUGGACCAAUAUUGGCCGUUUACAUUGUCUAUUACCUUGGUGGGAGGAAGCUACAGUUGAUUUUAUGAUCAGUGGAGGUUAUAAUGUUGUUGCCCAUAUAGGACAUGUAUGGUAAUCCAUGAUCACUGACAACUACAACCAGUAAUUCAAAGGCGCAUUGGUCCCUCAGGAUCCUUUACUAUUUGAGACGAGCCUUAUUUUGAUCUUCACUAUUCUAGUCCCAGAAAGUGCCAGUUUGGUAUAUAUUGAUAAUUUGUAUAAUCAUUGAAAUUGCCAAUGUAAAACAAAAGACACUCAUAUUAUGGGGUGAGAAUGAUCAGAUUAUAGAUAGCCAGCUUGCACUGAGACUACAUUCUGAACUGCCAAAUGCAAUUAUACGGCAAAUACAAGAUUGUGGCCAUAUACCCCAUGUGGAGAAGCCUGCUGCAGUCAGCGAGCUGAUAACAGAAUUUGUUUGAACUUCGUGCAAUCUGGGAGAUAACUGUAUCUUCAUAUGUGAGAAAUUGUCCGACUGCUUUUGAGGCAAUGUUGAGGGAACCAGGCAAUUCCGCGAAUAUCUUCUCAGCGUUCUUCUAGCAUUGCAAGGAAAGGACUUCAUUUGAUUGCCAAGAAAUGUAGCCUGAGUCUCUUCCGAAAGUGAUUUGUUGCUUACCGCCAGGACUCGUGUCAGGCAUCAUGCAUCAAGAACGCAGAAACCACUCGAAUCUGAUUCACCAACCCCUUGGUUCGACCCAUGUUCUUCACUUUCUGAAGUGUGACACGCUUAUUUAUUUUUCUUCUUUGUUGUUUCCGAUACCUUGCCAUGAUUAUAUGACGGAUCAAGAUUUAGACGACCACGAAAUGAAAAUGCAUAUUAUUUAA